GCUUUUUUGGUGGAAUUGAAGAUGAUUCCUUUGCCUUUCGCCAUCUCUUCCCCUAACUAUACUCCCCCUGGACAACGCGACGACCGCAGCAGCAAUAAUCAAAUCUUGCUUCGCAGUCUCCUUUGGGGUGUCGGAGCAGAGAAGCUUUCAAAGUUCGGAGCUUUAAUUUGAGAGUUUAGAAGAGGAUGUUCUACAGAGGGUAAGAGACUAUGUCCUUUGGUUAUCUUAAUUUCAUUCUUUUUCCCUCUUUGAUCUGUAGCUGAAUCUUCUGCUCUUUUUUGCUCAAUUCAUGUGUCUUGUGGCAAUAUUUGAGCUGGGUUUUACGAAUUCCUUCAUCUAUACUUGAAAUUUUCUGUUUCCUGCAUUGGGGUUGUUUUGUUUGUUGUAGUUCACGGUUUUCACGAGCUGGGUAAUUAACUUCCUGAUUUCUUGUUAGUUUCAUAAACCCACGACGCAAGUUUGUUUCUUUCCUUUGGGUUUGAGGUUUAUCUGUUUAAGUUCUUGUUACUGAUGUUAAAGAUGACGCCUUGAUAACCCUAUUGGUUUUGAACUUGAUAGAGAAUUUGAAACGAUGUUAAAAUAGAAGACCUUUUGCUCUAUGAAUAGAUGGGGACGGCAAAUUGGCAAUACAACUUUAGUGGAGUA